AUGACUCUUGGAGAUCUUACCAUUGCCCAAUACUGUCAAAGGAUAAAGUCUAUUGCAGACCUGUUGGCAAACAUUGAUAAUCCCAUACCCGAGAAAACUCUGGUUGCUCACCUUCUCAAUGGUCUCUCCUCUCAAUAUGAGCACAUAGCCACUCUUCUGCGCCACCGAGACCCUCUACCAACCUUCCUUCAAGCCCGCUCAAAGCUGCUAGUUGAAGAACAACGUUUCAAGAAUUCUCGUCCCCUACAGGCUUCGCACUCUGAUCACUCCUCCUCCCAUUCGGUUCUCCUCACUGGCAACAACACUCGAAACAAUAGCGGCUCCUCACAAAGCAGCACACAACGCCGCCAGUUUCAGCAGCGACGUGGUGGCCGUGCCACUUCACAGCAGUGUCUCCAGCCCCCUGCUGGGUCAUCCGCAGCCUCGCAACAUUAA